AUGCUCGCCGCCGGGUGCGGCUGCUACGGCAUCUUCCACCUCGCCUCGCCCUGCACCGUCGACCGCGUCCUGGACCCCCAAGUACUGCUGCUCCGUGACCGUCCUGCCGUUAUUCCUUCAGAGUUUAGACCUCUCAGUACGGGGUGGCGUCUGUCUCAUUUUGUGGUUGCAGAAGGAGCGGGUAGCGCCGGCCGUGGAAGGGACGCUCCAUGUGCCUUCCUUGGAGCCGGCGCCGACCGGCCUGUGCCCCCUCCCCGCUGCACAAAAUUUGCUUCUUUGUCCCCACUUUGCUGCAAAAACUCUGUGCCUCUGCUACGGCCAUUCUUCGCUCCAUGGCCUUCCAUGAAUCUCAACCCUGGCAACUGGAAUGAUUCCGCCAAGGAUCAAUGCUAG